AUGGAAAAUAAUGUUAAUGAUAUCGGGCUCAUUAAUUUCUUGGACGAGGCUAAUUUUGAGCAAUUCAUUGAUCUCAUUAGGGGUGAAAAUGCUGACCCUAUUGUAAAGUUUUGCCCAACUUAUGAUUGUGAACACAUUACAAGUUGUUUUGAGGCCUCAUCGAUGGAUUUCUAUGAUUGGAAUGCUACAAGCAUGCCUGAUCCUAUUUCACUGUAUACUUCCCUUCCUGGAGAAGUUAAGUUCCACCAAGAUGAGGACGGGGAUGAGGAUGAGGAAGAGGAAGGGGAAGACAAUGAUUGUGGUGAAUCUUCGGCCACAACAACUACCACGGCCACAAGGGUGACACCGGGAACGCCAACGAAGAAAUGCACGAGGAUUGACCGGUCGAGAACUUUGAUUUCCGAGCGGAAAAGGAGAGGAAGAAUGAAGGAGAAGCUUUAUGCUUUGCGAUCAUUGGUUCCUAAUAUCACAAAGAUGGAUAAAGCCUCUAUAAUUGGAGAUGCAAUACUAUACGUACAAGGGUUGCAAACGAAAGCCAAGAAACUAAAAGUAGAAAUAGCAGAUUUUGAGACAUCACUCAACGGAAGGAACAAUAAUCAAGGUGGACAAUUUCAAAAUGCCAAGAAAAUGAAUUUCACGAGCUAUUAUCCAGCAAUCAAGAAAAUAACAAAGAUGGAUGUUUCUCAAGUAGAAGAAAAAGGAUUUUACGUGAGAUUAGUUUGCAAAAAAGGGCGACAAAUUGCAGCUUCUCUUUUCAAAGCUCUUGAGUCUCUCACUGGAUUCAAUGUUCAAAAUUCCAACUUGGCUACUUCUACCGAUGAUUAUAUUUUGACGUUCACUCUUAAUGUUAGAGAAUGUGAGGUGGACAUAAACUUUGGCAAUUUGAAGCUAUGGAUAGCUAGUGCUUUUCUUAAUCAAGGUUUUGACUUCGAGACAUCUCCAUUGACCUAAUGUCACGUUAUUGUAACUUUUCCAAGAAUGAGAAAUGUCAUUAAGCAUCGAUGGUCGUUUGUAACUUUUGAUUAAUUAAAUGGGAUAUGACUAACCUAAUCGUUUCUAACUUUAUCUCUAUUAGUAUCUCUAUUAUCUGGA